GCCUGCUGAAAAAGAGUUGCGCAGCAGUGGUGCGCGGCCGAGGGGGCUCUCUGCAGGGUAAACAACAACGACCAGCAACUAUUUUCUGUUUUUUCUUUUCUACAAAAAUGACAGCGACUGUUGUUUCGCAUUUCCCGGAGUGCACAGAAGUUCCCAACAAGAACAGUUCGAUUUUGAACCACAGCAACAGUCUUGAGGGACCUGGGCAGACGUCUGUCCCGUGCUCCAAUGCAAACCUCUCCUGCAACCCUGCUGUGUUUCUGAUGGACAGGGUAGUAGUGGGGGCCCCCUCUGCAGGAGGCCUGUUCCAACGCUUUCACUCAGUCAGCCUCCCCAGUACAAAGUUCACUCAUGUCAACAGCCUUAAAAUGGAUCCACCAGUGGUGCUUGGUAGCAGCAGCAGCAACAACAAGGAGAACCGUUUCCGUGAGCGUUCUUAUUCGGAGCUGGGGGACAGGUUUCGCCCCGUUCAUCAGGUGAAUGUGGUUUCAAGUAGCCAAGUCAACUCAAACCGCUAUAAAACUGAGUUAUGUCGGCCCUUUGAGGGGAACGGCACGUGCAAGUAUGGUGAUAAGUGCCAGUUUGCCCAUGGCAUGCAUGAGCUGCGCAGCAUGAGCCGUCACCCAAAAUACAAGACAGAACUGUGUCGCACCUUCCAUACCAUUGGUUUCUGUCCUUAUGGUCCCCGCUGCCACUUCAUUCACAACGCAGAGGAACGCCGCAGGCCCCUUCCCCUCUCUGCUUUCAACAAGAUGGAGCGCCCUAGGCUACAACACAGCGUCAGCUUUGCUGGCUUCCCCAGCUCUGCCGGCCCAGAGGACAGCCCAAGGUCUGUCACACCUCCACCCAUGUUUUCCACUGAAGAACUUACAGAGUGGCAGAACAACCCUCCUACCUAUUCCAGCCAGGAGCUCGCCAACCUGUUUGGUCCAACCCUGGGCCAUUCAAUUGCGUCCGAAACCAAUGUUUUGGCCCUGCCUUCUCCAACCACCCCCGGCUUUUUUCAGCCCACAUCAGAGAGCCCCCCAGACUCUCUGUCUGACCAGGAGGGAUACCAGAGCAGCAUGGGCAGUCAGAGUGGGUCUGAUUCCCCCCUCUUGGAUGUCUCCCACCGCCUACCCAUCUUUAGCAGGCUCUCCAUCUCUGAUGAUUAACGAGUCUCCUCCUUUAGCCUCAUAUGUAAGUGGAGGGAGAGAGAGAAUGAAUGUUACCUCUCUAACGUCAGAACAUCGACCAAAUGCUUUCUCUGUUUUAACUUAAAGUAGCCCCACCAAAUCAGACUCUAAGUCUCUUCAUGAUCAACUGUUGUAGAGCUGCAACUAACGAUUCUUUUCAUAAUCGAUUAAUCUGUCGAUUAUUUUCUCGAUUAAACGAUUGGUCCAAAAAUAUCAGAAAACCUUAAAUGUUUGGUGUUCGUCAAACCUGGAAAUGAUGUUCUCAAAUGUCUUGUUUUGUCCACAAACCAAAAUUAUUAACUUUUAAUGAUUUCUUUGUUAUCCAGAGCAAAAUAUUCACAUUUAAGAAGCUUAAACAAUCAGAAAUCUUGUUUUAAUCAUGACAAACGUUUCAAACCGAUUCAUUGAUUAUCAAAAUAGUUGUUGAUUAAUAAUCGAUUCAUCAAUUAAUUGUUUCAGCUCUAAACUGUUGCUACGUGCUCUGCAGUGGUGCCUUGGUGAUAUGAUUUUGAAAAGCAGCGCAGAGAUCACCGUGUGUAUUGCAAACUUAUACCUGAUAAGUAAUGCACUGCAUUUCAACUAUGUGUUCAACUUUGACAUGAAACAGGAGAAAAUUAGUGAAUGUAAAUUUUCCAAUGGGUCUUGAAGGUUAUUGCUACCACCAAUAAGCUUUCUAAUCAUGACUAA